AUGUUGAAGAAGCUUCCUGACGACGACCGAAUGAGUGGACCGCCGGAGAUCGCGGCGGAUACGGAUGCGUCGAGAGAGAGGUGUGAGAUGGUCGGUGUCGAUGUUGAGGCGCUUCAACGGUCCUUGAAGCCGUUUAUAAAGCAGUACGUCGAAGAAUUGAUAAUGCGGGCGGAAGAGAAGCAGGUGGCUGAUACCACAGACCAUCAACGGCAGUUUGCAAAGGCGCUGAAGGAAGAGAUAAUGGCCGCUGUGCACGGGAAGCGAAACACGGGGCGAGAGGUGGAAAUCGGGGGGGCUGGCAUGCUGCAUUCGCCUCCAGCAACGGCCGCAGGUGUUUUGUUGGCGCCUUCAAUUCCAGAUGCCGCCCCUUCCACCCCCCUACAGCAUACUAACAUCCAUGGCAUGACUCUGGGUGUUUCGGUGGAUGUUGAAGCGGUAGAUAAGGAAGUACAAAAAGGUGGUGAGAUCGGACAGGCACAGACAGGUGUGGGCAAAGGGAAGGUGCGAGAGGGGGCGAAGGUGGUAACGGGGGAACCAUUGGCGCAAACCGGUUCGGAGGGUGCUGCUGAAGGUGUCGGAGAGGACGUGCAGAUCGUGGAAAGAGGAGGCGAACACGACGAGGUGGAAGAGAAAGAACACGGGAGCGCGGACGGCAAGGAGGCAGAGAGGGUGGAGGAGACUUCUGGUGAAAAGAAGAAUGGAGAGUUGGUCGUUCAACUAGCAGACAUGGAAGCGGAAGAGAAGCGUCUGGCAGCGGAGGAAGAGGAGGAGAGAACUCGGGCUGCGGAGCGUAUGAGGGCUCUGGCGUCGGAGAGGGCGCGACUAUCUGCUGCACGACUUCGACUGAUGCAGGAACGGCAACCGGAGGAACAUGGUGCUGGAAAGCCGGCAAUGGAAACCUCUGGUGAAGACAGGCUUCGUCAAAUGCCUGAACAUUCAGAGGGUACACGUGGGUUGAAAAGGGGGAGGGAUGUGGAGGCGGACCAGAGCGAGUCGCAGACAGGUGCAGAUGAAGCGAUUGCUAGUGAUGGGGACGGUAUCGGAGAGGGCAAGAGAGGGAAGGUUUGUGUUGUAGCAGACGGUCUGGGUAAAGUGUUCGGGGAAGAUAAGCCGUACAAAGCAGGCGGGUUUUUCAAGCGGAAGACGGCAACAGCGGGAGGCAAGUACUGCUCCGAGCAGACUGUUGGAGGGUGCAAGAGAAAUCUGGGAAAUUUUGAAAGCGAGCGGAAUAGGAACUUCAGCAUCGCCAUCUGCUGGAUGGCAUACACUCCAGAUGCGGACCUGCUCGCCUACGGCAUGGAUAAGGAGGAUGUCCAAGCGUGGUCGGCAUAUCUGAACCUUGCCAAGCAGCUGCCGACAGUGUGGCUUCGCUUCGAGGGGACUGGCUCGCCACCAGGGCGCAACGCUUUCCAUUCUGCCAACGCGACGUGGGCCGAGGCAGAAGGGGGAGAAGGGGGAUGA